UAUGUCUGUUACGUCCCGUCCUCCUAUAGUCACCCUCCUCACCCUAAAAUAAAAUAAAAAAAGAGCCAAGGAGCCUCCAGUACAAAGACAUGCGCCUGUCUCGCAACUCCGCGUUAAACAGUACCGUGUCCCUUUAAAAUCGUCUGACAAAAAGCCCAUAUGAUCCCCGAGCUCCAAUCACCAAUUCCUCCUGCAAAAGCAGCCUCUGCAUUUUUGUCUGUCUGAAUGCUACAGCAGCACAGGGGGGGAGAUUGAGGAUAAGGCAAAAAAAAAAAAAAAAACCCUGGAGAAAUGUGACAAUUCAAUGGUGAUUUUCAUGGCGAGGGGGAAACUGGUGCGGAAGGAGUUAUUCUGGGACUCCUCGGAGCCUCGAAGCGCAGGAUCAAAAUGCUCAUAGUGGAGAAGACCACAGAACUUCCCCUCUGCUGAGUUCUCUCUGGUGGAGGAUGUGGCUCUGCACUUCACCUGUUUGAUGGACAGGCUGAACGAGCAGCGCCUCUUCCAGCCCGACUUGUGCGACGUCGACAUUGUCCUCGUGCGCCAGCAACAGCACUUUCCCUUCCCGGCCCACAAAGGCGUGCUGGCGGCCUACAGCCCCUUCUUCCACUCCCUGUUCGCCCAGAGCAAGCAGCUGCGGCGGGUGGACCUGUCGCUGGACGCGCUGACCUCGCAGGGCCUCCAGCAGAUCCUCAACUUCAUCUACACCUCCAAGCUGCUGGUGAGCAGCCGCACGGUGUGCGACGUGCUCAACGCGGCCACGCUGCUGCAGAUGAGCGACAUCGCCGCCUCCUGCCGCGACAUCAUCAGCAGCCACUCGCUGAGGAGCGCCUGCGCAGAGAUGGGCGACCGGGACGCGCUCGGCGGCGCCGGCGACCCGGCUGUGGCGGUGAUGUCCCCCAGGCCAGAUGUACCGCGGAAAUCAAACAGGAGUUCAGAGCUUGGCAGGGUGUACGCGCAGGAAGGCAGCAGCCCUUUCUCUGUUAGAGUGGAGGAGGCGGGCAAAACGGCCUCCCAGCAGAAGCAGUACUACCACCACAAAGAGGAGGGCUCGGGGGCCGGGGGGGGCGCAGACGCUUACUGCAAAGCAGAAGGUAACGGAGAGGAGUCCAAGACAGAGGGACACUCGUCCUUCAACAGGGAUCAGAUCAUUGUGGAAGUCAACCUCAACAACCAGACCCUUAAUGUGUCCAAGGGCUCUGAGGGCAAAUCCACAACCAUCACAGACACAACCGCCAUGUUUGGCCGUCGCCAUGACAACGAUCCUGAUUCAGAGGACGACGACGCGAAUAAUGACGACGCGAUGGAGGAGGACGACGACGACCUGAAACGGACGGAUCUGCUGGGGCCGAGUAGUGAGGACGAAGAUGAGGAGGAGGAUGAGGAGGAGGAGGAAGAGAACACCCUAAACAUUCCAGGCCUGGAGCAGGCGGCCAUCUUGGACCGACCUCGACGGGGCACCAGAGCGCUGGCGAUGGUGGGCAGCACCGCCGCCAUGCGGCAGACGCUGGUGGAGGCCACGCUGGCCAACCAGCGGCCGGGGGGGAAGAGGCCUCUGCACGCAGAGGGCCUGGGCCAGAAGGUGAGGCUGGAGGAGAAGCAGCACUUCCCGUGCAAGAAGUGCCCGCGCGUCUUCAACAACUGCUGGUACCUGGAGAAGCACAUGAACGUCACGCACAACCGCAUGCAGAUCUGCAACAACUGCGGCAAGCGCUUCCUGCUGGAGAGCGAGCUGCUGCUGCACCAGCAGACCGACUGCGAGAAGAGCAUCCAGUGCGUGACCUGCGGCAAGGCCUUCAAGAAGCUGUGGUCGCUGCACGAGCACAACAAGAUCGUGCACGGCUACGCUGAGAAGAAGUUCUCCUGCGAGAUUUGUGAGAAGAAGUUUUACACCAUGGCUCAUGUCCGGAAGCACAUGGUCGCCCAUACGAAGGACAUGCCAUUCACCUGCGAGACGUGCGGGAAGUCGUUCAAGCGCAGCAUGUCCCUGAAGGUCCACUCCCUGCAGCACUCGGGAGAGAAGCCCUUCAAGUGUGAGAACUGCAGCGAGCGCUUCCAGUACAAAUACCAGCUGCGGUCCCACAUGAGCAUCCACAUCGGCCACAAGCAGUUCAUGUGCCAGUGGUGCGGCAAGGACUUCAAUAUGAAGCAGUACUUCGAUGAACACAUGAAGACGCACACUGGAGAGAAACCGUACAUCUGUGAAAUCUGCGGGAAGAGCUUCACCAGCCGGCCCAACAUGAAGCGCCACCGCCGCACGCACACCGGGGAGAAGCCCUACCCCUGCGAGGUGUGCGGCCAGCGCUUCCGCUUCUCCAACAUGCUCAAAGCCCACCGCGAGAAGUGCUUCCGCAUCAGCAACCCCAUGGUCGCCGACGGCAACGAGCCCCUCAGACUCGAGCAGCCCCUCGCCUCGUCCGCCGCGGACCCCUCCGGACCGGUCCAGCUGGGGACGCCCGGAACCACGCCGGCCGCUGCCUCCAGCCCCCACCCGCUCCCCCUUCACGGCACCCAGCUGUCUCUCCCCCUGCUGCACUCCAUGGGGGGGCUGCCCCCCACUCCGCAUUUGCCCCCGCCGCCUCCCCUGUUCUCUACCGGUAGGAUGAACUCCAGCAACUAACCAAUCUCUGUAGCAUUUGGAAGCACUUUGUUACUUUAGUUUAGUUUUAGUUUAUUCUCUGAGGAGGACUCCUGCUGCAGGAAUGCGAUGCACUUCAGUGACAUUUACACAGAAGGAAAAAAAUGAAUGACGGCUACACGGAGGCCUCAUAGAAACACACACACACCUACAGUACCAUAAUAAGAAAUAGUUAUUUUUUACUCUAUUCAAUACAAUAGAUAACCUCAGUCAGUAGGACGUGUUGUCCAUCACUUCUCUCAUCAUUCUGUCCUGGUUUCAACUGCACAAUGAGUCGACUGUAGCCUCCUCACUCAUUAGGGGCCUGUCAGCUGAGUGAGUGCCACACGAUGAUGGAACACGUUUUAUUUCCUCUUCUCUGCCAAGGUGUAGCGAGUGGUUCUUGUCUGACCCAGCAAUAACCAAAUGCUGAUUCGUCUUCGAGUAUAUAUAUGUACACGGCAUUGCCAAUAACCAAAUCCCGUCAGCUCACCUGCUUACAUAGGUAAUGUUAUACAGCAUUUAUAAUCGAUCCUGCACCUUACAUUUAACUCUAGUGAUGUUUAAAAUGUAUUCCAACCUGUCUUCAUUUUUAUAAUUGUGUUAGUGUGUAACUUGUGGCACGUUGCGUCAGUUUGUAAAGACACAAAGGAAGCUGUGACGUGAGGUGAGUGGAGUGAGUGAGUGAGUGAGUGAGUGAGUGAGUGAGUGAGUGAGU